UAGUAAUAGUCUAUAACUCUAUAUUUGUGGUCACUAGCAAGUAGCAAUUUUACCUUUACUAAAUCUGUGCUAUCAAAACUGAAAACACACUUUGCCGCAUAUCAAUAAAUUAAUUUCAGUAAAGCUAGAUUUUUUAAGUUCUAACAAAAUAAUUGAGUUACUUAUUGUUUUUUUAAUCUGACAGCAUAAUUAGUUGUUACCAACAAUAUAUUUUAAACUACUCGCGUAUGGGAUUGGCAGCACUCAUUGUCAGUUUUUAUAUUAUCUUAGUAGCAAUAUUGGGAAUUUAUAUUUUUGAAAAUAAAUCCAAAAAAGAUCAAUAUCUUUUUAGGAUGGCUCGAGGACAUCAGAAAAUUCAAUCUCAAGCAAAAGCAGCAGAGAAGUUGUCAAAAUUGAAAAAACAACAAGGUCACAGUGCCACUGAUCAAAAGAAAGCAGCCCAGAAAGCUUUAGUUCAUGUGUGUGUUGUAUGCAAGGCUCAAAUGCCGGAUCCGAAGACUUAUAAGCAGCACUUUGAAAACAAGCAUCCCAAAAAUGAUUUACCAGAAGAUUUAAAGGCAAUUUGAAAGUAGAUUACCAUCUGCUUUCUUUUUGUUUUUGCAUUUAAAUGUGAACGGAAUAAACAGAGGUUUUUUACAAUAAUAAAA